AUGGCGACACGCAUCGCGCCGCUCGCGCGCGCGGACGUGCAGCAGAUUACCAGCGCGCAGGUCGUUCCGGAUCUGCGUGCAGCGGUCAAGGAGCUCGUAGAAAACGCGCUGGACGCAGGUGCGACGAGUAUCGAGGUGCGAUUCAAAGAGCACGGCCUCGAGUCGAUCGAGGUGCUCGACAACGGCAGCGGAAUUGCCAAGGAGAACUAUGCGACGCUUGCACUGAAACACCACACGUCGAAACUGUCGUCGUUCGACGACCUGCAGACGGUCACGACGCUCGGCUUCCGUGGCGAGGCUCUUUCGUCGUUGUGCGCCGUCGCGCACGUCCAGGUGCUGACCGCGACGCAGAGCGAGGUGCCCAUGGGGACCGUGCUCGAGUUUGAUGGCCACGGCGCACUGGUCAGCAGUGACAAAAAGGUCGCGCGCCAGCGGGGGACGACCGUGACCGUGACCGAGCUCCUGAAGCAGUACCCGGUGCGCCGCAAAGAGCUCGAGAAGCACGUCAAGCGCGAGUACAACAAGGCACACGCGAUGCUCCAGGCGUAUGCGCUGAUUACGCCGGGCGUGCGCUGGGCAUCGUCAGUCUCGUUUGCCUCGGGAAAGCGCACCACACAGCUCGCCCUGCGCUCGGCAAGCGGCGAGCGUUACCUCCAAGCCAACAUGACCGCGCUCUUUGGCGCCAAGACCACGAGCCAGCUCCUUCCAAUGGACCUUGCUAUUUCGCUAGAGGGCGUGCCGAUGCGGCUCGUGGGGCUCGUGUCCAAGCCGGCGAUUGGGUCGGGGCGCAGCAGCGGCGAUCGGCAGUACUUUUACCUGAACCGCCGGCCGUGGGACGCAAGCAAGCUCGCGCAGGUGUUUAAUCAGGUGUACAAGACGUACAAUAUCGGGCAGUACCCGUGCGUCGUGGCCAACUUGGAGGUCGCAACCGACCAGUACGACGUGAAUGUGAGCCCGGAUAAGCGCACGAUCCUCGUGCACCAGGAGGCGCCGCUCCUCGAGGCGAUUCGGGAUGAGCUCGAUGCAUUUUUCGCGCCGACACGCGGUGUGCUCCAGGUGCAUGGGCCGGGUGUGGGCGAUACGAGAGCCGAGGUGCUGGUGGGGGAGAAGAAGGACGGCAGAGGAGCGAGUGAGGAGGCGAGCGAGGUAAAGCCGGACGAGCAGGAAGCCGACGAGCAGGAAGCCGACGAGCAAGAGCUUUCCGCGCCUGUAGAGGAGCCUCCUGCGCCUGCAGAGACAGAUGCGGCUUCCGAACACGAGACACGAGCCACGCCAAGCCAGCGCACCAACGUCAUGCGCAGUACGCCCCCGCCGUCCACCGCCGAAAAGCGCACGGCGACGCCCGACCAGCGCACAGCCAAGGUGGCCAAGGCGGGGCUGAGCAUAUCGACGCGCGAUGCCUCAUGGUCGCCGUUGCGUCAACCUAGUAAAGAUACCCCGCAAGGCACAGAUAUGCGAGCCCAAUUCCGGCGUGCCGUCGAAAAGUUUGCCAUGGUCAAUGCCGAUUUGCCGCAAGAGAGCUCGAGCGAAGAGGACGAGCUCGAGUCGGACGUCCCUUCGAGUCAGUCGCGCCGCCGUGCGCCUGUUUCACAGGACUUGGAGUACGCCGAGAGCGAGGCGGACGAACGUGAAGCUAUGGACGAAGAUAUCGACGGUACCGAGGCCAGCACAGCUGGAAAAGAGGUCAGAGAGGCCCAGGAAGCAGACGAAACUGUCGAGGGCCAAGACACGCUCGACGAGGCUGCUGUCGAUGCCCCGGCCCUGGGCGAGGACGAGGCUAGCAAUGCCCCCGACGCGCUAGACCAAGACGAAGCUGCCAAUGCCCACGAUACACUUGACGACGAACACGAGGCUGCAGUGCAAGCCGCCGAAGCACAAAACGAGGUCGAUACGCUCGACGACCCUCGCUUGCCAGAUUUGGCCACGGACACACUGCCUGCACGCCCCUCUCGCGAUACCCCCAACGACCCGCUGUUUUUGGGCGACGCAGAGGAUACUCUCGACGUCCCUGCCGCGCCAUCGCCCAUACCAGCGCCGGCGUCCCCGCGCCCCCCACCCGCGCCCUCGUCGACGCUGUGCAUCGACAUGGACGUGCUCAAAGCACACCUCUCCGACCAUUCGUCGUCGUCGUCCACGCCCCCCGCCCCCUCGUCCUUGCUGGACGGCGCCGGAUUUGACGAGCGCGAUAUCCACCGUGCGUCGCAUGCGCUUGAGCGUGUGAUCCAAAAGACCGACUUUGGCGACAUGCACAUUGUCGGCCAAUUCAAUCUCGGCUUUAUCAUCGCCCGCCGUCGCCUGCCUGGCCCCGGCAACACCGCGAUGGACGAUCUGUUUAUUAUUGACCAGCACGCCGCCGACGAAAAGUUCAACUACGAGCGUCUGCAGCGCGAUACGCGUAUCCACAGCCAGCGCCUGCUCGCCCCCCAGCCCCUGGAACUCGCGCCGAGCGACGAGCUGGUCGCUGCCGAGCACGCCGACUGGCUCAAGGUCAACGGUUUCGAGAUCAGCGUCGACGAAGCCAAAGCGCCUGGCAAGCGCGUGCACCUCCUCUCCAAGCCCGUGUCCAAAGACACGGUGUUUGACGUGCACGACUUUGAAGAGCUCCUAUUCCAGCUGCGCGAGGCCCCGAGCCACGCGCGUAUCCGCUGCAGCAAGGUGCGGGAUAUGCUCGCGAGCCGCGCGUGCCGCAAGAGCAUCAUGGUCGGCUCUGCGCUCGACAUGCGCCAGAUGCGCGCGGUCGUUAAGCACAUGGGCGAGAUCGAACAGCCGUGGAACUGCCCGCAUGGCCGCCCGACGAUGCGCCACCUCGCGAGCCUCGCGCCAAGCGCGCCCUCCGCGCACCCCGUCCGCUGGGCACGCUUGCCAUAG